AUGUCCCCUUCUUCCCUCAAACUCGAGCCAUUGACCCUGGAGGAUAAUGCCGCUCUCACCAACCUAUGGUUCGCGGCCUUUACAGCCCCCGAACUACAAAAGGUCUUCCCUGAUACCCCUGGAGUCCGUCAAUGGCUACAAAACGCCAACCAGCAUGACUUGAUCAACAAGCCAUUCCAGAAGUACAUUAAAAUUGUGGACACGAAAAGCAAAGACGAGAAUGGUCGACCCCGCAUAGCCGCCUAUGCGAAGUGGGAUCUAUCAACACCUGAGGAACGAGGACGUCGCUAUCCACCGUGGCACGCUGAGAUGCCUGGGGACAUGUGCGAAGCGUUUUUCCUCAAAGAAGAGGACAAUCGGAGACGUGUGAUGGGCGAUCGGAAACACUACUAUUUGGAUACCGUCGCUACACACCCUGACUAUCAACGACGAGGAUGUGGCUCUAUGCUUGUCCAGUGGGGUUGUGAUUUGGCUGAUGCUGAGGGUGUAAGUGCGUAUGUUGAUGCUAGUAAGGAUGGCGCACCUCUUUACGCAAAGCAUGGAUUUGUGGAUUACAGCAAUCCAGGAGAGGAAAUCGCUUCAAUGGCUCGGUAUUUCAAGGGCUCUUGA